UGUGUUAUCAAAACGAGGCGGGAUUUCCCUACUUCCGAUAGAGUAAACACGUGGAAGUGUUUACCAACUGCAGCUGAACCAGUCCAUGAUGGAAGUGUGCAUAGAUUCAGUGGCAUCAGCCAUCAAUGCAGAAAAGGGAGGUGCCAAGAGAGUUGAGCUGUGUGGGAACCUAAUGGAAGGAGGGACCACGCCCACUGUCGGUAUGCUAAAAGUAAUCAAGAAGAAAGUCCAAAUACCUGUUUUUGUUAUGAUACGACCCCGUGGAGGUGACUUCCUGUACAGUGACCUUGAGAUGGAGGUCAUGAAGCAGGACAUUGAGGAGUUGAAGCAAGCUGGAGCUGAUGGAUUUGUAAUAGGAAUUCUGAACUCAGAUGGUACUGUAGACAAGGAAAGGUGCAGUGACCUGAUAUCCCACAUAAGGCCCCGACCAGUAACAUUUCACAGAGCUAUUGACAUGACCCCUGACCUCCUGUCGUCUCUGGAGGCGGUCAUCUCCCUGGGGUGUGAGCGUGUCCUCACUAGUGGGGGUGAGGCCACUGCUCUAGAUGGAGCACCGGUCAUCAGGCAAAUGGUGGACAAGGCAUCAGAUGGAAUAAUAGUAAUGCCAGGAGGAGGAAUCCAUGAACGGAACCUGGCCCGAAUAUUGCAGUCAACUGGUGUUAAGGAGUUCCACUGUUCAGCUCGAGCUGCAGAACCGUCUGCCAUGAGCUUCCAAAAAGGCGGAGUCUCCAUGGGAGCCUCACUCUCGCCUCCAGAGUUCAGUGUCAAGGUCACAAGUAUGCCAAAGGUUAAAACAUUGACUGUUGUUGCUGGGACAAUUUUAUAGACCAUGAACUUUUUCUGUAUUGAGUCAGGGUUGUCAGUUACCUUGGCAACUGCUCAUCACUUGGUACCAAGUAUCAAUUAUAAACAUCGGAAAUGUACAAGUUACUGCUAAAUUGACAACCUGACAACUGACUGUUGAUCUGCAUGAUCUGUGCAGUCUGUAACAACAAAGAUGUUGUAGCAUGUGCACGUGAUGAGUUCAACUUGAUGUGCGCCAUGGAACUUCUGUGUCCCCUUCACCUGAAACUGAUUUCAUGUGGAACUUGUACUGUCUUGAACGGUGAUACCAAAACCAAUAUCUCUUUGUUUUAGAGUCGUCACUGACCUACCAUAUGAAUCUUACCUUUGUUAUACAUACUACUUAUAUAAACAAACAUAGAAUGUAUCUCCAUGUUUGUUUCAUGUGGACAGGUAUAAAUAUAAAAAAGAUGACAUAACAUGCAUGCUUUUCUAUGGUGCUUACAGCUACAGUGCCACCAUAUACGCAGAUAGACCUUUCAGAGAAAAUAUAGAGAACACUGCCAGUCCUUUUAUUCACAAAAUAUGGUAGAUACAGUAUGGUAGAUGUAUGGUGUACAAAACGGCAUGCUCUUGCACUUACAGAAAAUAUGUCUGAGCCUUUAAAA